AGCACAGUGCACGGCAUAAAUUAAAUAUUAAUGAAAAUCAUAAGUUUACUUAAAUACUGGGUCUAAUACAGUAGUUCAUUGAUGUAGCCCGACGGUUUAACAGGUUGUGCCAGAAGACUGAAGGCAAUAUGUGGAUCAAUCUAUUCAGGAUUGCCCAAGGGGCAUCAAUCGUAUCCCUCUUUUGUACUGUAGUUUUGGGAGAAAGCACUUUCUGGUUCCUUCAAACCAGUAAAAUCUCAAAGACAACAUGGAGUCAAUCUGUUCUUAGACAGCAAUUGGAAGCCAGUGAGUUUAACUGUGCUGUCAGCUGCAACAAGGAUUCUGAUUGUAAUGCUUUUUAUUACUCUGACCUCUGUACUUUGUCAAAGGUGAAUCAACUGGAAGAAGUGUCAAAGGAAGAAUCAAAGCUUGUAUAUUUACAGGCGGAAACAUUGAAGUAUUUGAGUAAUCCCUCUGCUACCACAAUGGCAACAGCUACAACUAGUGAUAAUACACAGCCUACUCCACAUCCUCCUCAAAAUGAUCCUCCUCAGUAUGGUCCUCCACAAAAUGAUCCUCCUCAGUAUGAUUCUCCUCAGUAUGAUUCUCCUCAGUAUGAUUCUCCUCAGUAUGAUUCUCCUCAGUAUGAUUCUCCUCAGUAUGAUCCUCCACAAUAUGAUCCUCCUCAGUAUGAUCCUCCUCAGUAUGAUCCUCCUCAGUAUGAUUCUCCUCAGUAUGAUUCUCCUCAGUAUGAUUCUCCUCAGUAUGAUUCUCCUCAGUAUGAUUCUCCUCAGUAUGAUCCUCCACAAUAUGAUCCUCCUCAGUAUGAUCCUCCUCAGUAUGAUCCUCCUCAAUAUGAUCCUCCUCAGUUCGAUCCUCCUCAAUAUGAUCCUCUUCAGUAAUGAUCUAACUCAGUAUGAUCUUCUGCAACAUGUAAAAUUCUAAAUUUCUUAUUAUAUUAUAAUUUUUGAAUAAAAAGAUUUGGUAAUUUGAAA